AUGGGGGUAACUGACCCCGCUGCUUGGCCCAAGGCACCCGCCGACAAAAACCGGGCCACAACAUCCGGGCGUACAGGCUCUCCCCAAGCACAGAAGAGGGAGAAGGAGCCCACGGGACCGCCCUCACCAGGGGAUGGUGCCGGCCAAUCGUAUUCCUCUUAUCCUGAGGAACCUCAGACUGUGCGGGACGCACAUCAGAGAUCUCGCACGAGGGAAAAGCCGUACUCCUGUCUUAAGUGUGGGAAAUGUUUUUCAACAAAGUCCCAUCUUUCCACCCAUCAGAGAUCUCACACGGGGGAGAAGCCGUAUUCCUGUCCUGAGUGUGGGAGAUGUUUUUCAGACAAUUCCAGUUUUAACAGACAUCAGAGAUCUCACACGGGGGAGAAGCCGUAUUCCUGUCCUGAGUGUGGGAAAUGUUUUUCAUUGAAGUCCUAUCUUUCCACACAUCAGAGAUCUCACACGGGGGAGAAGCCGUAUUCCUGUCCUGAGUGUGGGAAAUGUUUUUCAGUGAAGUCCAAUCUUUCCAUACAUCAGAGAUCUCACACGGGGGAGAAGCCGUAUUCCUGUCCUGAGUGUGGGAAAUGUUUUUCAGUGAAGUCCAGUCUUUCCAGACAUCAGAGAUCUCACACGGGGGAGAAGCCGUAUUCCUGUCCUGAGUGCGGGAAAUGUUUUUCAACAAAGUCUGAUCUUAGUAGACAUCAGAGAUAUCACACAGGGGAGAAGCUGCAUUCCUGUCCUGAGUGCGGGAAGUGUUUUUCGGUGAAGUCCAAUCUUUACACACAUCAGAGAUCUCACACGGGCGAGAAGCCGUUUUCCUGUCCUGAGUGCGGGAAAUGUUUUUCACAGAAGUCCCAUCUUUACAGACAUCAGAGAUCUCACACGGGGGAGAAGCCUUAUUCCUGUACUGAGUGUGGGAAAUGUUUUUCAGAGAAGUUCAGUCUUUCCAUACAUCAGAGAUCUCACACGGGCGAGAAGCCAUAUUCCUGUCCUGAGUGUGGGAAAUGUUUUACACAGAUGUCCGGUCUUUCCAAACAUAAGAGAUCUCACACGGGGGAGAAGCCGUAUUCCUGUCCUGAGUGCGGGAAAUGUUUUUCAGUGAAGUCCCAUCUUUCCAGACAUCAGAGAUCUCACACGGGG